AGGUCAGCGCAAGUCCCCGGCCCGGAGCCCAGCCAGCAGGAGCAGUUGGUCUUCGGCAGCGGGGACGCUGUGGAGCUGAGCUGUCCCCCGCCCGGGGGUGGUCCCAUGGGGCCCACUGUCUGGGUCAAGGAUGGCGCAGGGCUGGUGCCCUCGGAGCGUGUCCUGGUGGGGCCCCAGCGGCUGCAGGUGCUGAAUGCCUCCCACGAGGACUCUGGGGCCUACAGCUGCCGGCAGCGGCUCACACAGCGCGUACUGUGCCACUUCAGUGUGCGGGUGACAGAUGCUCCAUCGUCGGGAGAUGAUGAAGACGGGGAGGACGAGGCUGAGGACACAGGUGUGGACACAGGGGCCCCUUACUGGACUCGGCCCGAGCGGAUGGACAAGAAGCUGCUGGCUGUGCCGGCCGCCAACACCGUCCGCUUCCGCUGCCCGGCUGCUGGCAACCCCACUCCCUCCAUCUCCUGGCUGAAGAAUGGCAAGGAGUUCCGCGGCGAGCACCGCAUUGGAGGCAUCAAGCUUCGGCACCAGCAGUGGAGCCUGGUCAUGGAAAGUGUGGUGCCCUCGGACCGCGGCAACUACACCUGCGUGGUGGAGAACAAGUUUGGCAGCAUCCGGCAGACAUACACGCUGGACGUGCUAGAGCGCUCCCCGCACCGACCCAUCCUGCAGGCGGGGCUGCCGGCCAACCAGACGGCGGUGCUGGGCAGCGAUGUGGAGUUUCACUGCAAGGUGUACAGUGAUGCGCAGCCCCACAUCCAGUGGCUCAAGCACGUGGAGGUGAAUGGCAGCAAGGUGGGCCCUGACGGCACACCCUACGUCACCGUGCUCAAGUCCUGGAUCAGUGAGAGUGUGGAGGCCGACGUGCGCCUCCGCCUGGCCAAUGUGUCGGAGCGGGACGGGGGCGAGUACCUCUGUCGAGCCACCAAUUUCAUAGGCGUGGCCGAGAAGGCCUUUUGGCUGAGCGUUCACGGGCCCCGAGCAGCUGAGGAGGAGCUGGUGGAGGCUGACGAGGCGGGCAGUGUGUACGCAGGCAUCCUCAGCUACGGGGUGGGCUUCUUCCUGUUCAUCCUGGUGGUGGCGGCUGUGACGCUCUGCCGCCUGCGCAGCACCCCCAAGAAAGGCCUGGGCUCCCCCACCGUGCACAAGAUCUCCCGCUUCCCACUCAAGCGACAGGUGUCCCUGGAGUCCAACGCGUCCAUGAGCUCCAACACACCGCUGGUGCGCAUCGCAAGGCUGUCCUCAGGGGAGGGUCCCACGCUGGCCAAUGUCUCCGAGCUUGAGCUGCCUGCUGACCCCAAAUGGGAGCUGUCUCGGGCCCGGUUGACCCUGGGCAAGCCCCUUGGGGAGGGUUGCUUCGGCCAGGUGGUCAUGGCGGAGGCUAUCGGCAUUGACAAGGACCGGGCCGCCAAGCCUGUCACCGUAGCCGUGAAGAUGCUGAAAGAUGAUGCCACUGACAAGGACCUGUCAGACCUGGUGUCUGAGAUGGAGAUGAUGAAGAUGAUUGGGAAACACAAGAACAUUAUCAACCUGCUGGGCGCCUGCACGCAGGGCGGGCCCCUGUACGUGCUGGUGGAGUACGCGGCCAAGGGCAACCUGAGGGAGUUUCUGCGGGCGCGGCGGCCCCCGGGCCUGGACUACUCCUUCGACACCUGCAAGCCGCCUGAGGAGCAGCUCACCUUCAAGGACCUGGUGUCCUGUGCCUACCAGGUGGCCCGAGGCAUGGAGUACCUCGCCUCCCAGAAGUGCAUCCACAGGGACCUGGCUGCUCGAAAUGUGCUGGUGACCGAGGACAACGUGAUGAAGAUCGCAGACUUCGGGCUGGCCCGCGAUGUGCACAACCUUGACUACUACAAGAAGACAACCAACGGCCGGCUGCCCGUGAAGUGGAUGGCGCCCGAGGCCCUGUUUGACCGAGUCUACACCCACCAGAGUGACGUCUGGUCCUUUGGGGUCCUGCUCUGGGAGAUCUUCACGCUGGGGGGCUCUCCGUACCCCGGCAUCCCUGUGGAGGAGCUCUUCAAGCUGCUGAAGGAGGGUCACCGGAUGGACAAGCCGGCCAACUGCACACACGACCUGUACAUGAUCAUGCGGGAGUGCUGGCAUGCUGCGCCCUCCCAGAGGCCCACCUUCAAGCAGCUGGUGGAGGACCUGGACCGUGUCCUCACUGUGACGUCCACCGACGAGUACCUGGACCUGUCAGCGCCCUUCGAGCAGUACUCCCCCGGCGGCCAGGACACCCCCAGCUCCAGCUCCUCAGGGGAUGACUCCGUGUUUGCCCACGACCUGCUGCCCCCGGCCCCACCCAGCAGUGGGGGCUCGCGGACGUGAAGGGCCACUGGUCCCCAACAAUGUGAGGGGGUCCCUAGCAGCCUACCCUGCUGCUGGUGCACAGCCACUCCCCGGCAUGCGACUCAGUGCAGAUGGAGAGACAGCUACACAAAGCUUCAGUCUGUGUGCAUCUGUGUGUGUGUGUGUGCGCGCACAUCCGUGUGUGUGUGUCUGCGUGCGUGCGCAUCUUGUGGCCUCCAGGUGCAGAGGUACACCCUGGGUGUCCCUGCUGCUGUGCAACGGCCUCCUGACGUGCUGCAGCACCAAGGGGCGUUUGUUCUGGGGGGACCCAGUGCAGAAUGUAAGUGGGCCCACCCAGUGGGACUCCCGUGGGGCAGGGAGCUGGGCCCAACAUGGCCCCAGCCUCUGCCUUUGCACCACGGGACAUCACAGGGUGGGCCUCAACCCCUCCCACACCCAAAGCUGAGCCUGCAGGGAAGCCCCACGUGUCGAGCACCUUGUUCCUGGGGGUGUUAGUGGCACUGCCCCCCGACCUCCAGGCUUUCCCAGUUCCCACCCUGCCCCUCAGAGACUGAAAUUACGGGUACCUGAAGAUGGGAGCCUCUACCUUUUAUCCAAAAGGUUUAU